AUGGAAUCAAUCAACCUACUAACCGAUGCAGGCUUGGAUGUACAUGCUGUCUUAUUUGAUGGCUGUUACAAAAAUUUAGCGAUAGCUAGAGGUGUUGGAUGCAACAUAAAUGCUAUUGUGGGAUCAUUUGCACACCCAUCUAGACCAACCAAACUGCUCUAUGUGAUCCUUGACGUUUGCCACAUGUUGAAGUUAGCCAUAAAUGGCCUGGGAGACAAAGGCAUAUUUUAUAUCAAUGGCCAACCGUCCAUAUUCUGGCAGCUCAUCACACAGCUGCACAACACACAGAAAGACGAU